UUUUUGUAAGCUUUCCACAAAAAUAAAUUUUCUCUUUUUUUCAAAAAAUUUUCUCAAAUCUGAACUAAGAGCAGAAAUGCCUUUAAAAAUCAGAAUCUCGUUAAUUGUAAUCAUAUCAACACUAUUUCCACUAAUUGCUUCAUUACCAGCCCCUCCCAUCUUUGAAAGAGUUCCUCAUUAUCCCGGAUUAUGCUAUUUACCUCCAGGUAUUUUAUUUGAAUCAGGUCUGUGUUCAACCAUCGAAUUACAACAAAAAUCACCUGUCCAGACAGGUUUAGAAAACAAUAUAAACGAGCAAUCUAAUAAAUUUUCCGAAGAAGAAAAAUUGCAUAAAUGGGAAACUUCUGUGGAAAAUGAAGAAAAUAUUUUGGAUGAAACUAAAUUAACUACAAAAUUUUAUUUUGAUAGUGUAACUGCACAAUGUUAUGCUUUUAGUACUCAAGAAUGUGGAGGUAAUCAAAACCGGUUUGGUUCGGUAGAGGAAUGUUUGGAUGUUUGUAAAUUGGAAUUUUAA